UUACCCACAAUUUAAUUAUUUCAAUUGUUGUACCUUAUCAUAGAUUUAUAUGCCAAGUGAAAACAUAGAGAACUUAUUUUUCACUUUUGUUUUUAUUUGGUGUAAUAACGAUAUGAGUUGAAGGGGAGCCUUGGUUUAACUCGUAAAGUUACUGCCAUGUGAUCAGGAGGCGACGAGUUUGAGCUGUAGAAACAGCCUCUUGCAGAAAUGCAGGUCAAAACUGCAUAUAAUUGACCCUUGUGUUCCGGUCCUUCCCCGACCCCACGCAUAGCGGGAGCUUAGUGCAUUGGCUGCCCUUUUAAUAAUGAUAUGAGUUGACCUUAAACCGAGAAACAUGGUCUCGACUUGUUUGUGAUUGAGGCGUAGUAUGAGUUGACCUUAAACCAAGAAACAUAGUCCCGACUUGUUUGUGAUUGAGGCAUAGUAGCUGUUGUUGUAAUAGUAGUAGUAGUAGUAGUACGUUUCAAGUUUGUAUUUUUAUGUGCUCUUGUUAGUUUCUGGUGUAAUUAUAUAUCUGAGUACUCUUUGUUUGACAAAAAUUCUAAGAGAAAUGCCUCAUUUGUGUGUUGAUGAAAUCAACAGUAGUGCUUAGCUCAUUGGAUUAUUAGCUCUGCAGAAAUUGUCUUCUCUUUUAUUUUAGACUCGGGGCGGAUUUACAUAGUUGGCAAUGGGUGGGAUUGCACCGCGAUUAGUUCAACAACAACAUACCCAGUAAAAUCCCACUAUGCACCACGAUUAGUUCAAAUUCUAUAUAUGUGUGUGUGGUUAAGAAAUUCUUAAAAUUAUAUUUUUAUACAAAUUUGACCUUUUCUCCUAAAAAAGUAGUGGGUGCGGUCAGAGAGCUAGGUGUUGGUGAGGGAUUCAACUGAAUUUCCUUCGCGGAAAAUUAUACUGCUCAAGUAGGGAAAAAUGAGUUUCUUUUUUGUUAUAUAUAAAAGAUCUUGAGUCCUUGAAUGGGAGCUUUGGAGCAAUGGUAAAGUUGUCUCCGUAUGACCUAUAGGUCAGGGGUUCGAGCCGUGGAAGCAGCAACUAAUGCUUGCAUUAGGGUAGACUGUCAACAUCACACCCCUUAGGGUGUGGCCCUUCCCCGGACCCUGUGUGAAUGUGGGAUGCUUUGUACACCAGAUUGCCCUUUUAAAAAAAUCUUGAGUCCGCUUGGCAUAAGAGAAUAUUCUAGUGUACUGGCAAAAGGAGUUCAAAAGUUGCUUUGCAAAAGGAGUUCAAAAGUUGCUUUAAGUUAUAUGUUCAAAUCAUAGGUGUGACAUUCUAGUGUAGUGGCAAAAGGAGUUCAAAAGUUGCUUUAGGUUACGUGUUCAAAUCCUAUUUCUAGUAUUUCUUUUUUGAAUCUCCAUUAUAUGUAGUCUUAGCUCCGCCACUGGGUGCAUUGAUACUCAUACUUGGAUCCGUCUCUGCUUACGGAGUCUUCUACUACCUAUUUGGAGCUUUUCUCAAUGGACCCCUAGUGUUAUAUGGAGUAAUGCAUGUUAGAUCAUGGAUUCCCCUAGACCGUAGAUAGAUAUUAAGCAAUACUUGAUCAAUUUUUGUGAGGAUACACUUAUUCUGACUACAAUUAUGAAUAGGUCUGAGCCAAUUAGGUAUUGCUACAUGGUUAUAUUAGUUUGACCCGGGGUCUAUCGGAAACAACCUCUCUACCUUCACAAAGGUCGGGGUUAGGUCUGCGUAGAUCCUACCCUCCCAAGACCCUACUUUGUGGGACUACACUAGGCAUGUUGUUGUUGUUGGUUAUAUAAGUUUGACGUACAAGGAGCUUUGUGCCUAGGACAUGGAGUUCUGCGUAUAUGAGGUGAUUUCUACUUAGAACUGGACAUUGCGGAAUUUGAAAGGUUACUCCUAUUUGGGUUGGAAAAUCACCUUUGCAUUUGCUUGACAGUCAGUGUUUCUAAGACCAUCUUUUGCUUGAUUGUACAUCAUAAGACGAUGAUUGCUAGUUGCUAGCAUAAGAUUUUCAUUAAGCAGUAGUUAAUUUGUUACAUAUUUUCUGCUGAUAGAUGCAAGGUGUGGCCGUGUGGGAUUAUUAAGUAUAUUUGUUUUGGUUCAUGUGCUGUAUAAUCUAUCAAUUGAAAAUUUGAUUAUGAUGAAAAAUUAGAGGAAAUAAUUUGCUUCCCUAUAAUAUAACAUGUGCUAGGCUGGGUAGCUUUUUAUUGCAGAACAUUGGCUUUAGAUUUUCUGCGUAGUGAUUGAAAAUAAUGGAUCUGCGAAUAUAAUAGCUUGAUUUUUGGAAUAAAUAAUCACAUGUCAAUAACUCUUUCCAGUCGGUCUUGUCGUUGUGGAGAGUGUACAACAACAACUACGUUUGGAUUCCAACUUCCAAACUAGUCGAGAUCGCCUACAUGAAUCCUCACUAUCCAUUCGCUCCAUUUGUAGCUUUAGAGAUUGUAGUCCUGCUUAAUCUCCCAGCUUCCUGCCUACGCAAAGUGAGAAGUAAAACAAAUCAAAGUAAAUACAUGUAAACAGCUGAGAGUUGCCGACUACUUAAUUUUCAAUUUUUUUGGUUCAAGUCACAUUUCCAUGUGUAAAAGUUGUAUUUGAAAGUCCAAAUCUCCUUCCUAAUGCACAAUCAUUUGAAAUAUAUUCAUUGUCUUCUAUCCUCUGAUUCAAGUAUAUAUUAGCCGUGGCAUAUGAAAAGUAACAAACUUCAUAACCAGGGGCGAAGCUACAUUCUCCUAUGGGUGGUCAAUUGACCACUCUUUGUCGAAAAACUACAUUGUGUAUAUAGAGUAAGAUACAUAUAACAAGCAUCUGCAAUGGGUUCUGGAUACUGUCUUAAAAAUGUAAUCAGUUUGAGAAAAGCAAAAGAUGACAGAUCGAAAAGAUUAAGACAGGGAACUUCUAUUGGACGCAAGGGGGACGACAACUCUCAGAAAGAGCGUUCAAGAAGAACAAGUGGCGCUUCUAUCAAAAAUCACAGGGAACUGGAAAUGCCUCUUGAGGAUAAAGCGGCCACAAAGAUUCAGACAGCUUUCCGUGCAUAUGUGGCAAGGAAAACUUUACGUUCCUUGAAACGAAUAUCAAGAUUACAGUCUAUGACACAAAGCUCUUCAGUGAAAAAACAAGCUUCAGCAGCUUUAAGCAAUCUCCAUUCAUGGAACAGGAUACAAACUGAGAUUAGAGCUCGCCGUGUUAGUAUGGUAAUAGAAGGGCGUCUGAAGCAGAAGAAGCUGGAGAAUCAAUUGAAGCUAGAAGCAAAGCUUCAUAACGUAGAGGUAGAGUGGAGUGGUGGCCCUGAAACAAUGGAAGUUGUUCUAGCAAGAAUACACCAGAGAGAAGAAGCAGCAGUGAAGCGGGAGCGAACUAUGGCAUAUGCAUUUUCUCAUCAGUGGAGGGCCAAUUCCAACCCAAUAUUCGGAUCAAGUAACCAUGAUAUCAGCAAAGCUAACUGGGGCUGGAGCUGGACGGAUCGUUGGAUUGCUGCUCAUCCGUGGGAAUGCCGAAUUCCUGUUCAAUCAACUCCAAAAAUGGCCAAAAGGAUAGCAAGGAAGACUCCUAAAAGUAACAAAACUCAAACAAUAAAAACGCCAGUUUUUGUUAAAUCAACUUUUGCUAAUCAGAAACGCACUAUAAAGCCUCGAAGGCUAUAGUACGAAGCAGCUGAUAAA